AUGACUCCACAGACUAAGCAGUUCACGCACACGGUGGGCGAAAGACGCUCAUCGGUUAUACAUUCAAAUGGAAUCAUCAAGGGAGGUAUCUACAAUCCUGUAGACUAUCUCGGCCAGGACGAGGCUGCAGUUGAGGACAUUGAGCCGUUAGAUCGCGAGUCGAAUGGUCACGACUCUCUUUUCGACACCAACAAUUCUCGGACUUUACAGAGUAAAGCCGACCGUAACUCCUAUGGGGCCAUAGGGAGCCCGGAUUUCGGCGCCCAAGACGUGACGAACCCUGAUACCUCACGUAACUCGUAUUCUCGCGAUCUAAUCGAGGAGGAACGCAAUCUGCUCAUUGACAACAAGUUGUUUGACGAAGAUGGGCAGCUUACUAGCGUUCCCGAGGAACAACGCGAGGAGCAGAUACGACAAACCUGGGAAGCUGCCAUCGAAUCCGGCAAGGCUAUCACCACGACUUAUCGUCGCGAGUGCCAAGUGCUGCUCAAAAACGCAAUUCCGCUGGUGUUCACGUUUGUCAUGCAAAACUCGCUUUCUCUGGCUUCGGUAUUUACAACUUCACACCUAGGUAUUAACGAGCUUGGUGGUAUAACACUGGGGUCCAUGACUGCUAAUAUCACCGGUUUUGCGGCCAUUCAAGGUUUAUGCACAUGUUUGGAUACUCUCUGUGCUCAAGCGUAUGGUGCCGGAAACUACCACCUAGUUGGAAUUUUGGUGCAAAGAUGUGCGCUCAUAACAAUCCUUUUUUUCAUGCCUUUCCUUUGCAUAUGGUGGUUUUGGUCUGAGUCUAUUUUGACAGCGCUAAUUCCGGAGAAGGAGCUGUGCAAACUCGCUGCUAACUAUUUGAAAAUUGUCUCAAUUGGUGUACCAGGAUUCAUCUUUUUUGAAUGCGGUAAAAGAUUUUUGCAGUGUCAAGGAAUUUUUCACGCCUCCACUAUUGCACUGCUUUUCUGUGCUCCUUUCAAUGCCGUCAUGAAUUAUGUGCUAGUAUUGGAUAAAAGAUUUGGAAUUGGUUAUAUUGGUGCGCCUAUUAGCGUUGCUCUAAAUUAUUGGUUGAUGGCUUUUGGUCUACUCCUUUACACAAUGUUUACGAAACACAAGAUUAAUCCCCGUAAGUGCUGGAGUGGUACUAUCAAACCAAACCAAGUUUUUAGGAACUGGCGCAAAAUGUUCAACUUGGCCUUACCUGGUGUUAUCAUGGUUGAGGCCGAGUUUUUGGGGUUUGAGCUUUUGACGAUAUUUGCUUCACAUCUAGGAACCAAUGAACUGGGAGCACAGUCCAUUGUAUCAACAGUUGCAUCAUUGUCGUAUCAGAUUCCUUUCUCCAUUUCUAUAUCUACCAGCACACGAGUUGCCAACUUUAUUGGAGCAUCUCUAUAUCAAAAUUGCAUCGUCACUUGCAAAGUGUCACUACUUUUGUCAUUUGUCGUCAGUUUGCUGAAUUUAUCAACCAUCUACACUUUGAGAGUCCAAAUAGCAAAUGCUUUCUCAAAGGAUCCUGCAGUAGUUGGCUUGGUUGUGAGCAUAUUGCCCUUACUUGCAUUUAUGCAGAUAUUUGACGGUUUCAAUGCCUGCACUGCUGGCUGCUUAAGAGGUCAAGGUCAGCAAAAAAUUGGCGGGUACAUCAAUGUACUUGCGUUCUACUGCAUCGGAAUACCCAUGUCAUACAUCCUAACAUUCAAGUACGAGCUGGGCAUGGCCGGCCUGUGGUACGGAAUUACCAGCGCCCUAGUUUUCAUGAGUAUUUUCCAGAGCUAUGCUGUUUUCUCAUGCAACUGGAAAGAAAUCAUCAAAGCGGCCAAAUCAAGGACUUCCGAGCGCGAUGGAGUGUGA